CAGAAGUCCACACCCACUCUUGCUGCGUUAUGUUCUUACUGCACUCUUUGAUUGCAGGAAGAAGUCAACCAGUCUCCUUGAUAACUAUCAGUAUGAUGAACCUCUCAUCGUCCACAGAGCCCGCCACCAAAAACUUAAUGGAUCCCCUGUCUUCUGUGGGCCAGACGAUCUCAGCCACCUUCCUGGGCCUGGCCUUCCUGCUGGGUGCCCCGGGAAACCUGCUGGUCAUAUGGAUCAUCUGGAGGCAUGUUAAGCCCCGCACCCACACCAUCCUGCUCAUCCUCCACCUGGCUGCCGCCGAUCUGCUGGUCCUCAUCACCCUGCCCCUGUGGAUCUACUCCCUGGUCUACUCCUGGGUAUUCGGAGAGGUCUUCUGCCAGACGGUUGUGUAUGUGAUCCACGUGUGCAUGUACAGCAGUAUCUUCCUCAUCACACUCAUGAGCAUUGAGCGCUUUGUGGCAGUCCGCUACCCAUUCGUCAUUCAGUUCUCCAGAACCCAGAACGUUCUGGACGUCAGCCUGAUCGCCACCUGGGUCCUGGCGCUGCUCCUGGGGGUACCUGCUAUCCUGACCCAGGAGGUGUCGGAGGGGGUAGGGGGCGCGCAGUGCCUCUUCAGGAAUUUCAGCUCUGUGGCUCAAGAGAGAACAAUUAUUUCUCUUGAGACCAUUGCAGGAUUUGUGGUGCCCUUCACAAUCAUGUCUAUCUGCUACUGUCUGGUCGCCAGCCAGCUCAGAGAAAGUAAAUUCCAGGACAAAAGGAAGGUGAUGCUGCUGAUAGCCAGCUUGGUGUUAGCAUUCACCUUGUGCUGGCUGCCUCACCACAUCAACAACAUCAUUCAGCUGGUGUGUAUCCAGAGUAUGGACAGCUCAUGUGGCUCUGACAGUUUAACCCUUAUCGCCGGUGCUCUGGUGUUCGUGAGCAGUUCGGUGAACCCUGUGUUGUAUGCCUUCGCUGCCCGGAGAUCCAAAGUACGCAUCAGAGGGCUUAAAAUCGUCAGAUUCUUUCAGGAAGUGGCCACACACACCAAAGCUUUUCGGGGAACUAGUGCUAAAGAAGCAGACAGUGAAUGUGAAUCCACAGACAGAGAGCAACCGUUGUCUCACACAUUCAAUUUAAGAGACGUGUGAAAUUGUUAUUCUGUCAUCAUAAUUUGAUUAUUUAUUAAUCAUUGAAUAGGUGAUUAAGGAAUAUGUUGGUUUGGAACGUUGGAAUAUAUCAUGACUUUUAAAUUGUUUCACUAUUUUUACUGUUAUUUAAGUUGCAUAAUAUAUAUUUGAUACAAUACAACAUAAAAGAGGACUUUAAAAGUAUAGCAUUUCAAUAUUUGUGAGUGUUUAAACUGUGAAAAUGUGGAAUAUGAUGACCAAUGUGUGAUAAUUUGAUCCAAUUAUUUCAUUUCUUGAAUUAACAUGAAUUUGUGAUACUUUUUUGUGGUGAUUAGGAUCUAGAUAGAUAUAAAUUUUUAUGCAGUUACUUGUUAAUAUGUAUAGUUGUGGAUAAACAUUGUUCGAAAAUAACAUCAAAUAUUUUCCAUUAAUAUCUUGUAAGGGUAAUAAUACUGCAUCCAAUUAACUGUCUCAACUCUCAUGAAGUCAGAGUUGUUACGAUUGGUAGGAUUGUGUAACCUCAAUUGAAAUGAAAAACACAGAUGAUCUGUAUUUCCUCUGUGCCAUAUACUAUAGUAACCAUGCCACAUAACAUGUUUCUGUAAGAGCCAAGUUCAUUUUUGUUGAGGGGAGAAAAAGAAGGAACUGGUGUACCUUCAAGAGAUUUUGACUUUUUCAAAAAGUAUUUUAUUCCUUUCUGGAAUGUGUUACUCCCCCUAAUAUUGUGUGUUGUAAAUACCCAAUGUCUUACGACACCCAUUACCAUCAGCUGUAACUGGGCGUGUAUUCUCAAAUAAAUAACUACGUAGAAAAAACCUUGCUUUUGUAAUUUUCCAGCUUUAAAUUAACCAGAAGA